AAAUAAGUGAAUCCAAUGGGCGAUUUCGAAAGCAUAAAGAAAAUUGCAAAGAAAAUGAUGCUGCUCCGCUAGUUUUUGCUAUGCUCAACUUAAUAAAUGUUCGUUCGCAGCUUGGAAAAGAUCUGAAAUGCUUCGCAGAAAUGAAUCCAUUCCGGGCGGGCUGUUCAAAAAUGUUCGUUGUUUGGGCUGUAGGAAUGUCUAAUGUUCGUUUUCCAAUCGAGGCCGGAUAUCCGAUCGGGGAAAAGAUGGGCCAAAAUACGUUUUGCUAGAAACCCAUGAUGAUAAUCCGGAUUUGGAGCCUGAUAUUAUCGACAGUUCGGGUUCGGGAGUUCGCUUUUACUACACAGAAAACCUUCGAAAAUAUGAUGCUGGAAUAAUUACAAUAUCUCAAUCGAUCCAGGGCGAUUCGGAAUCAACGAAAUUCGAUGAUACAGACUUUGAAGAAACGUCAGUGUUUUCUGUAGCACUACACGGCCACCUUGCAUCAAAAUCUAUGAAGUUGAGACAUUUCAGAGACCAAAAGGAAUUGGAGCCUAUUCAAAAGAUGAUCAUUACGACUUUGAUUAUCAAGAAUCUCAAUUCACGGAUGUGAAGAUACGUAAAAACGAUUCUUUCAUAAUGCAGUGCGACUACGACACGAUCGGAAAAACCAUUAUUACCACGGGCGGCUUGGGAACAAGAAACGAAAUGUGUACAGCAUUCGUGUUCCAUUACCCUGCACUAAAACUUGAUUUCUGCGAUUCUCGUGUUCCAGUUAUGGAAACCGAGGAAUCCUUUGUCAGUCUAGUUUGGGGACUUGGAGAGUUCGUAACUGAAGAGGAAGGUGACCGUAUUGCAAAGGAAGCACAAGGGAGACCGGUAGAAGUUAUGGAUGUUUUGGCUACAAUGGUCUUAAACAAAGUUGAAUGGACCGAUGAGAAAAGAAAAUUUGCGGAGAAGUACAUGGCUGAAUCGAAAAGGAGACCAUUUAGCACAUACAGGCAGAAACUGUUAUUGGGUUACAUGCAAGACAUCGUGAUUCCAAAGUAUGAACCAUUUAAAGAAAAGAAUAUGUGUUAACCUAGUGAAGAAAACUCAAAUAAUGGAACGUCAAUCAAAAUUGAGUCAACAUCAAAAGAGGUUGAAUCGCCUGCUAUGCUUGUCGUUAUGGCUGCCGCCCUCAUUCUUGUUAUAUUGAUUGCCGCGAAACUUUCUCUUUAAACGUGGCGUAUAGCAUGCUUUAGUCGAAUUAUUUGUGAAACUCACUGUCAUAUCAUGCCAUAUGUUAAUUGAAUAUAAUGUAUUCGAGCUCUCUUAACUAUAACUUUGUCAAUUUUCCGCACAUUAGUCAAAUAAAAAAUGCGUCCUUUUUGAUAUGAAACAUGGUAUAUAUGGAAGUAUAAUAUGCAGCAGAUAAAUGAAGAAAUCCUGGCAUAGCCAUUUCACUUGACUUUUUAUUAGGAGUAUUAUUACCUUUAAUUCUGAAUAAAUGAGUUAUAACAAUAUAUAUAAUAAUUUCUGUAUCUACACUAUAGAAAAUGUGUUUUGUGCUUUUUGUGGAAGUCAGGUCCUUUUCUAAUCAAACGCACCUUUGAGUGUUCUACAAUUAUUAUCCCACAAGAGUCCCAUAUACAGUAAAUUGAUUUCCAAGAUUUAAAAUAUAACUCACCUCGUGAUACCUUGUGCAAGCACUGACGUCUUCAGUUAACAGUCAGCCUUCCAAUUCUCAAUCAAUGUGUCACCUAUUCCAAUCUUUCGAUAAUACUAACCAACUUCCAUUGAAGAUCUUAUAUUUUUUUCCAUAAGACGUUCACAUCAUUUUCGAUUAUUUACACGCUUACCAGGCGUUAACUAGUCAUGAUAAUGAAUAGAGUGAAAGUAUUCCGCAACCGCCAUCGCACUAUCGGUUAAACACACAAACACAUAUGCACACAUCAGCACAACACCAUAUCUCGAGAUAAUUUGAUGAUCAAACAUUUUUACACAUACCCAAUUACAUAUGUAUGUAAGAAAUUGUUAUAUUACCAUUCGUUUUCCAUAAGUUGAUGAAAAUCCAGACUGGGCCAUUGACAGUUUGUUGGAGUCGC